AUGCGCGCGGUCAGCUGCAACCCGCUCACGUUGUGCAGGCGCCUCCGCUCCGAGGAGAUCAGCCAGGAGCUCGGGCGGCACGACGCGGUGGCGUUGCAGGGCACGCAGAUGAAGUGGCGUGGCGGUGCGGACGUCCCGAAGCAGACCUUGCCGAACCACGACGCGCUCCACUGGGGAUGGGGACGAGGCGGGCGCACUAACAAGGCGUGCGGCGUCUCGAUUUUCUUCAAGAAGGGGUGCAAGGUGCUGAAGCUGCUGUCGCCGCCGCCGGCCUUGCGGGGGCGUGGCGGCGGCGCCCGCCUUAGGCGGGGCACGCUGGACAUCCUGGUGCUGGCCCUCUACUUUCCUGUGCGCGGGGUGGCGGUCCAGCGGGUAGCGGCGGACGCGCUCUUCACGUGGGCGCAGCGCUGCCUCAUGGAGACGCCCACGCGCUGCACGCCGUUGCUCUGCGCUGACCUCGACGACGGGCUUGGCACGGUCAAGCACGAGGCGGUGGUCUUCUCGCCUCUGUCUGAGGCUAUCGGGCAGGAGUGGGAGCUCGCCACGGUCAGCACCUUCUUUGAGGACUAUACCUUCUCGGGCCCGACUGGGGCCAGGUCGAGGCCCGACGUGAUCGCGAUGCCCCGCGAGCUCAUGCCGAGCGUCGCGGACUGCAAGCCGCUCUACACGAUCGGAGACAGGCUGCAGGCUAUCCGAGCCCGCGGCAGGAGGGCCCGCGCGCCGCUGGGGGCCUCCGUGAUGAUCACGCCUGUGCACCCUGAGAUUCUUCCCAGGUCUGCACUGGCGCAGUGGGACAUGGACGCCUGCAUGCUGGCUCCGACGCGGCACCAGGGCAAGCUGGAGUUUUUGACGGAGCUGGAGUACAAGUGCGAGGACAUGGUUCGUCCUCCCUUGGAUGAGGAGCAGGGCCCCGGCGAGGCCUGGGGCGAGCUGGCGGAGGCGGCGCGCAAGACGGGCCUGGCGCACUUCGGCCUCAAGGGGCGCGGCACGAGGGGGAUGGAGGAGGUGACGGAGCAGCGCAAGAAGCUGCUGCAAGAGCGGGCUGACAUCCGCCGUCGGCACGUGCUCGAGGGCGAGAUGCGGGCUUCGACGGAUUUCGAGCUGGACAGGUGCGUGCAGGAGCUCGAGGACGCCACGCGCCGUCUGCGCGCGCUGCAGCGGCAACAGCGCAGGCGGCUCCGCGCGGUGCGCUGCGAGGCGCUGGCGGAGGCGGAGCGCGUGGGCGAUGCAGCCGCGGUCUGGAGGCUGGCCCACCUGCUGGGCGAGCGGGGGCUGGGCGCGCGCCGUCGCGCGCACCGCGCCCCCCGCCUGGAGCACGCGCGCUGCUCGGCGCUGAACGCCAAGGAGGCGGCGCUGGAGGACCUGGAGGAGCUGGAGGGCCAGGGCAUCGGCUACAGGGCGGGGCCCCCGAGCAUGGAGGUCUUCAGGGGGCGGAUGCUGCGCUGCUUGGCCCUCGUCCGCCUGUUCAAGACGGCGCCCUUGGCGUGGCCCAGGUCCAGGGCGGCGGACGUCGUCAGGGUCAUCCACAUGAUGCACCCCGUCGGCAAGGGCUACACCUCUGUGCUGGCGGCGAGGGCCCAGAAGGUGAAGGCGGCACCGAAUGACUUCGGCUUCGCCCCUAGGCGCUCGCGGGGCGGGGCCCUGGCGGUCGCGGCGGCGGUGGCCGAGCGGGCCGCGCGUUACGGCCUCGCGGCGCUCGCGAGCUUCAAGGACUUGAGCAAGGCGUUCCAGUGCCCGUCGGCGCGCGACAUGGCGCAGGGCCUGCAGGGCAUGGCGCGCGCCGAGGACCACCCCAUUGUUUCGCGGAGGGUCCUUGACUACCACUGCGAGGUGGAGACGGCCGAGGGCGCGCUGCGCAUGAAGACCAACCAGGGCGCGCUCAUCGGCGACUCGAUUGGCGAAGUCCGUCGUCACGGGACCGUUCUGGACCUCAGCCUCACGAAGCCUGCGGACGACCUCUGCAAGCGCUUCGUCUGGUGGCGCCACGACACCGCGAUCAAGAACCACAAGGCCUCGGACGAGCUCUUGGACAGGCUGCUGGAGCCGCGCGGCUUCCAGCAUGACAUCCCCAAGCAGUGCGCCAUGUGCGCCUUCCGUGGCGAGGGGGCCAGGGCCAAGACGCGCGCCUUCUUCGCGGGCAGGCUCGGCGUGCGCGGCAACUGCUCGACGGUUGCUCGCUGCCUUGGCCCGAUGCUGCACUGCCAGGGCGGCCUCGCGACGGGGAUCAGGGCUCGGGCGGCGGCUGCCACGCGAGGCUUCGCGGACAUGGGCCGCCGCUGGAAGUCCGAGGUCUCCGUCGAG